AUGAACCACAAUGUAUUUUAUUAUUUUUUAUAGAAGAGAUUAAGGAGAAUUACCAUUAGAGUUGAGAAUGAAGACAGAUCUAGAUUUAACAAAGUAAUCCCAAUUGAUGGUUAAAAAUAUAAAAUAGGGAAUUCUGGAGGCAAUGAAAAUUAUGUAUUUAUACCUUUUGGAGUCAGUUCUAGUGGAGAUUAAUUUGAACUUGACUCCUCUUUGUUGUUGAUACCAGUAAACAAUUCCGAAUUUUAAAAUCAAUACAAUUAAGUUCUAAGGAGCUAUGACGUUCCAUAGAAUAUAAUUUCUAGAAUUGGAGAAUUUGCAAUUGUUCCUAAAUAAAAAUUGAAACUCAAAGAUAUUUCUGGUAGACGAGGAUAUCCAAGUUUAAUAAACAUAUCAAGAUAAUGCGAAAAUCAAGAACUAAUUAAAAACAAAGUAUUUAUUAUUGGCAAGACAUCAAAAUUAACAGUAAAAUAAAAUAAUCAACUUUUUGGAGAUUUUUUGGAUAGCCCUCGAUUAUUUGAGAUUACGAAUAAUAAAAAAGUGGUAGGCUUGGGUUCUGGUAUGGAUGCACUAUUUAAAUAAUCUUUUGAGCGGAAAAUCACAGAGAAAGAAUUUUAUUAGACUUUGAAUUCAGUACAAUUGAAGAAAGAAUUUGAUGAAUUCUAUUCUAAAUCCUGUAUAAUCAUAAGAAUUUCAGAAAAUAAUUUGGAUUAAAGUUAUUUGCUGGUUGAAAAAUCAAAAAGAACACCUUCACCUGAGAGCUUAAAUCGCGCAUAAUUAUUUAAUAGGCGUAGACAAUCAUUACCAGUUUAUUUAUCGAGGAAUGCAUUGUCGAUUAAUAAGUCUAAAAGAUCUAUUUGCUUUUUUUCUAUUGGAAGAGUUUAAACAUCUGAUAUAGUACUAAAUGAUAAGUCGGUUUCUAGUUAUCAUGGUAUGAUAGGGUACCAUCAUAAAACAAAGAAAUGGAUAAUUUUUGAUGGAUAAUAUGAAAAUGCUCGGUAGAGAAAUUGGAAGAAUAGUUCAAAUGGUAUAUGGCUGGCAAUGGAGCAAAAUAAAAAUUAUUAUUUGGAUAAAGAGUAAAUAAUAAAGAUUAAUGAUUUUUUAAUUAGCAUGUAUUGGAAUUGA